AUGGGUGUGGUUGACACCAAACCAAUUGAGUCAGUCCAGGCUUCUCUAUGUUUGUUUGAAGAAAAGGGUGAUCAGAAAAAAAACCGGCCUACAGCCAUGGAUGAGAGUGAGAUAGAGAGAGAGCUUGAAGAAGUAUUAAAGGAUUUGGCCAACUCCAAGGUGCAAAUAGAAGCAAAAGAUGCUGCCUAUAUGCAGGCCCUUCUUAAUCUAGAAAACUAUAAGAAAACAGCUUGUGAACAUUCUGCUAUGCUUAAAAACACCGAGAUUGAGAGAGAUCGAUACAAGAAUGAGUGUGGUGAGGCUGCUAUUCGGAUAGAUGAACUUAAAUCGAAGAUGAAGGAGAUGAAGGAUCAACUGUUGGAGAGUGUGAAGAUAGGUGAGCAGCUUGAGCAUGUUAUGAACGAGUUGAAAGCCUCUAAAGAAGAGUUGCUCAGGAGUGAAAUGGAACUUGCUGCUUUAAAAGAUUCGGAGUCUAAGGCAUUAAAACAAGUGGAGUUGAUUGAAAUGGAUGCAAAGAUGGAUAAGCAAAAGGUUGAAGAGCUUCUGAAGCAUGUCUCAGAGCUUAAUGAUGCUAUUCUUAUUUUGGAAGUUGCUGCUACUGAAGCAGAAAAAGAGAAAUUUGCAAUGAUAUCUGAGAAAGAUGCUCAGAUUCAAGUAGCAAAAAUGGAUAUAGUUCAAGCACAAGAUCAGCUAAAAGAUAUGAGAAAAGAAGUAGAAAUGAUGGAGGAGUUGGAGAAUCAGUUCAAUGCCAAGUGCCUAUAUAUCGAAGUACUUAAAUCAGAACUUAAACAGGAAGAAGAAAUAAGAAAAUCGUUUGAAAAGGAUGCUGCUGAUGCCAUUAACAAAUCGAAGCUGCUAAAAGAUGAGAUAGACUUCAAGGAGAGAAAAAUCUUGAGUCAAGAAGCUUUGAUCGAUGCAUUUAAAAUGGAGUUGAAUCAACAGAAAUCGGAGCUGAAAAAUACGAAUGACUUGGCAAGCAAGUUGUCCGGCGAAGUUGAAAAGCUUAACAACGACAUAGUGAAGGCAAAAGCUGAGAUCAAUGAGAUAAGUGGAAGAGAAACAGAAGCACAGGUUGAGAUAGCGAUGAUGAAAUCUGAAAUUCAUAAAGGGAGAUCGAAAAUCGCUGCAGCAGAAGCAGCCGAAGCAAGAGCUGAGAGUGUUAAAUCCGGUCUAUAUCUUGCUGUUCAGAAGCUAGCAGUAGAAGCAGGGAGUGCAAAGAAAGAGAAUGAAAGACUAAAACAAGAAGCAGAUAAGGCAGACGAAGAAACUGAUUCCUCUAACAUUGUCAACCCCCAUUUGGAGAAUCCUACUGAGGAACUAGACGCAUCCCAAAUCAAUGAUACUGAUUCCCAUGUAACAAUUUCAAUGAAGAAAUAUGAAUCCUUGAUAAAGAAAGCCGAGAAAGAAGACUCAAACUGGUUACUUGCAUCGCAAGAAAAGGAUGAAGAAUUGGAGAUUCUGAAGAAGGAGUUGGAAGCUGCAAAUGGAAAGAUAGCUGAAUUCAGAAACCGAGCAGUUCAGGCUGUUAGCAGGGCUGAAACAGCUGAGAAAGCGAAAGCACAAAUCGAGGAUCAGCUAAGGAAGUGGAGAGAACAUAAGCAAAAGAGAAAAGCUGCUCUUGCUGCACUUAGGGACGUCUCUGUCCCAAAAGAAGAUGAAAGUAUUCACACAUAUAGUAGUUUACCAAGGACUUAUCCCCAACUUGGGAAGGACAUUGUGUUUUGA